CUUAGAGCAAUGUUAUUUUCUGGGUGAUUAUUUUUCAUUUUAUUUUCCAUUGAAAAUCUGGAGACUAUCCCUUCUUGAAUUGGGACUUGAUGUACACUUUUUCAUUCUAAAUUCAAUCAAUUUGACUCAAGCAUUACCGUUUGGUUCUGUUGCCGGGAAUCAAAUGGCACCAACAACCUGGAGUAACCAAUCAGAAGGCGGGGGCGCAGAACCUGACCCCAUUGCCAUCCAGUUAGCCGCCAUCACCGAGAGACUAGCAGUCAUGGAAUCCAUGAAAGACGACGUCGCCGCCCACAAGUCUCAUGCUACAUCUUCUAGUAACAGCAGUUUUAAACGUGGUCAUAACGAUCCUGCCGAUGAUGGUGAGUACUCUUGGAGAAACAAUCGUCCUUAUUGCCCUUAUAACCAGAUAUAUUUCCCUGUAUUUAGUGAUGGAGAUCCUAGAGGCUGGAUUCUAAAGGCAAAAAAGUAUUUCCGUUGCUACAAUGUACCUGAAGAUGAAAAGGUGGAUAUCGCGGUCAUGUACUUGGAAGGAGACGCUUUAGACAUAUAUUCAUGGCUAAAUGCGGAUGAGUACUGGUGCAGUAUCAAGCAGACCGGAUCCAUCCAAGAUUACAGACAGGAAUUCGCCAAAAGAUCUGCUAGCGUUUCCAAUUGGCCGGAUAACUGCCUGCCAGGGGUCUUUCUAAAUGGACUCAAGGAGGAGUUAAAGGCGAAUGCUGUUGAGAGCACACCAUACGAGCUAUGGCGUGGGACAAAACCAAAUUUGUCGUACUUGAGGAUUUGGGGUUGUGAUGUUUACGUUAGACGCCUCAUGACGUCUGGUAAGCUAGAUUCCAAAUCUGACAGGUGUAAAUUUGUGGGAUACCCUAAGGAAACGAAAGGGUAUGAGUUCUAUCAUCCGACCGAUAACAAAAUCUUUGUUGCUCGGAACGGAACCUUCCUUGAGAAGGAGUUUCUCUCUGCUAUUUCUAGUGGGAGAAAGGUAGACCUCGAAGAAAUUCGAGAACCACAAGAAGAGAUCUCAACAGCAGUGGAACCCGAGCGUCAAGAUUUAGUAUCUCGACCGGCUCAGGUUUUACCACGUAGGUCAGACCGGAUGCGUAAUCCUCCGGUUAGAUACGGUUUCCUUGUAUCUGAUGAAGUAUUCCUAAUCUUAUAUGUCGAUGACAUAUUGUUAAUGGGUAACGAUGUUCCUGCUCUUACGUCUGUAAAGACUUGGUUGAGCGAGAACUUCGCCAUGAAGGACUUGGGGAAUGCUAGUUAUGCCCUUGGCAUAAGAAUCUACCGUGAUAGGUCAAGAAAGUUGAUAGGUCUAUGUCAAAAGCUGAAAGUGAUUGGUUACACUGAUGCUAGCUUCCAAACCGAUCGAGACGAUUACAAGUCACAAGCAGGGUAUGUGUUUUGCCUGAAUGGCGGAGCUUUUAGCUGGAAGAGUUCUAAACAGGACACAACCGCCGAUUCAACUACAGAGGCUGAGUACAUGGCUGCUGCUGAAGCAGCAAAGGAAGGUGUUUGGAUAAAGAAGUUCAUUUCUGAACUUGGAGUGGUUCCUAGCAUUAAUGACCCAAUCCCGUUGUUUUGCGACAACACUGGGGCCAUUGCACAGGCAAAGGAACCACGAUCUCACCAAAAGACCAAGCACAUUGUACGAAGUUAUCACAUCAUACGAGAAAUCGUAGACAGAGGUGAUGUAGAGAUUUGCAAAGUAGGAACAGACGACAACAUAGCCGACCCCCUGACCAAGCCCUUGGGAAAGCUAAAGCAUGAGGGUCACACUAGGGAUGAUAUGCUGAAAAUCUUAAAACAGAAUCUGCAAAAAGCUCAAGAUCGAAUGAAAUCUCAAGCUGGUACAAAACACAGAGAACUCUCAUUUGAAGAAUUGCCUCAAGAUGCUUGCAUUCAUCCGGUGUUUCCUGUAUCAAUGCUGAAACCAGCUAGGGGGCAAGUUCCGACUUCACCUAUUGCUCCCCUCCCCAUCACAAAGGACUGGGAAUUUGACGUGCAGCCUAAAGAAGUUCUCUCUCACCACAGGGUAUGGGAAGCAGGUCAACAUGUGCUGGAAUUACUCAUCUCUUGGUGUCAACGUCCAGUGGAGGAAGCUACCUGGGAGUGUUAUGAUCUGUUGCGAGCUCAAUUCCCUUCCUUUCGACUUGAGGACAAGUCGUUUUGGAAAAAGAAGAUGGCAAAGGGCGGGCCGGAAGAAGUGCAGCAGCUAAAAAUGUUAAUGAGCAUUUCAAACAACCCACUAAGUGGCUGAGCGGGCCACCAUUUCUCAAAUCUGGAGCAGCGAGAAUGGCAUCUCGGUU